CUGUGGCCGGGGAGGGUGAGGGCUGGUCACAGCUGGAGCACAUCAGGAGGCCGAGGAUGGAGGGGCUGCAGUUGUCAUGGAGACGGCGGACGUGGGGGCGGGGCGUGCCGGAGCGGGCCCCGUUUGUUUUGUUAUUGAAGGUCACAUGGCCGCGCCGAGGCUCCGCCCUCCUCCCCCGUUAGCACCGAUUCAACCGUCUGCUCUCCGGUCAGUUACUACAAAAUGGCUGCAGAGGCUCCGCCGACGAGCACCGACUGAACGCUUCAUGCUGUGAAAAGAAGCAAAAAACAUAAGAAGAGAACCAUUUGAUGGAAGAUAAGAAAAAGAAAAAGCAAGAAGAGAAGAAAAACAAAGAAGCUGCACUGAAGAAGGCCACAGAACAGAUAACCAAAGUGCCAGGCUCUGUAAAGCUCGACCCCAUCCCUCCUCUUCCCCCCAUCAGCCCCAGCGCCGUCCCGUCUGUUCCCCCAAGCAGUGGAAAUGGCCAGCGGUGCCCAUCGGGAGGCCAGCCGCAGACAGCACCCCCGGUCCAGCCCCCGGUCCAGCCCCCGGUCCAGCCGCGCUACCCGGCCAGAGAGGUGCCUCCACGCUUCCGGCAGCAGGAGCACAAGCAGCUGCUGAAGAGGGGCCAGCCUCUGGCCUCCGGGACACUGCCGCUCAGCGCCACUAGUGAACCUAUACGUUCCUCUCCUUGCUCCUCCACAGCCAGCCUGCCCACAGAACUGCCCCCACAGAGUGGCCAGGGAGCCCAGUAUGAUAAUCCCCUCUGGGGACACCUGCCAGCCAACAGGAGUGCCACAAAUGCUGCAUCUUCUACCAACCUUAGUGGCUGGGAUCAACUGAUCAUUGACCAGAAGGACACAGAGGCUUGGCCUUCUAUUACCCUCAGCCAGAGCCAGGCCCCUCCAGGAGGAUGCUCUUUGGACACUGAUCCUGGUCACUUGACCAGCAGCAGCAGCAGCAGCAGCAGCAGUAGUACUAGCAGUACUUGUAGUACAGUGAGUAUGGCCACGGGAGCCAAUAGCCAGACAGGCCACUUCCCUGCCAAUCACCUUAGCAGCAAAGCCAACAGUGGGCCCAGCCCUGCCAAUCAUACUGGAACCAGCAUGCUCUCUAGCCAGGUUGCAACCAAUCGCAGCUGGGGCACUGGGCCUGGACCCUCCCAUUGCCCGCCUCAGUCCUCAGGGGGGAGUGAAGGGAAGGGUGACAGCCCAGUGGGAGGAGGAGGAGGAGGAGGCAGCAGGGGCUGGGGUUCUUCUUCAUCAUCCUCCACCACCAACUUUAACUUGAACCUAAACCCUAAUGCCAACCCAUCUGCCUGGCCCAUGCUGGGGCAUGAUGGGGGAGGCACAGGGGGAGGCAGCUCAGGGGGAGCCAACACCAUUUCACCUCCUCAACCUACACCUAACCUCUGUAAUCCAACUGGCCCCCCACCAGCCAAGACCAGCACCUGUACCGGAGCCAACACUAACAGCAACUCCUCGGGGAUUGGCAGCGCCUGGGGUACCAUAAUGGCUUCUGAUGCACCAGAGCCACACCCCUCCCCGUCCACGAAUGUGUCUUUCAGUUCAGAACCUCAGAACCUUAAAACUGAUGGACCAAAUCACACUAAUAAGCAGGAACCCCCCAGUCCUAUUCGCAACUUGCCUGGCUGGGGCAGUGCACCUGUAGGCUUGGGUUCCAUGAGUCAGCCACCAACAGGGGCCUCACAGGUCAAUGGAGAGGAUGGUAACUCAGUAUGGGGCAACAGUGGCAACUCAAAAGCAACUCCUUCUAAGGAGGCACCUGGCUGGGACUCUGGCUGGGGCCAUGGAGGUGGUGGAGCAGGGAAUUCUGGAGGCUGGGGGGAACAAUCUGGUGGGGACUGGGGUAAGCAGCACACUGAAGAGGCCCAGGGAGGCUGGGAUGCCCCCAGCUCCCCUCCCCAGGAUUCCCAGGCUAGUCCUUGGAGCAGAGCUGUGAGCACAGCCGGUGCUAGUGAAGGGAGCAGCGACAGCAUGGAAGGACACCCCCAGCGGAGAGACCGCUCAUCCAGAGAUAAUCCAGCUCCUCUGCUGCCUGCCCAGGAUCUGGACCCCAGGGUGCUGUGCAACACCGGCUGGGGACAGACCCCGGUACGCCAGCACACUUCCUGGGACAUGGACAAUACUAAACGCAAGAACGAUGCAGGCACUGAAUCAUGGGGCUCCGGCCCAACUACUCCAAGUGAUGCCCAGGGGCCCUCCAACACGGGCCCCACGCAGAGGACUGACUCUGGGAGCAAAAAUGAUGUGCCUGGUUCUCAGGGAGCUUCUGGUUGGGGUGGAAGCAUAGCUGCUACCAACCAGUCCAGCUCUGGUUGGGGAGAGACGUCCAACAACAUUAAGCCCCCAGGAGGCCCUGGUGGCUGGGGAAACCCUCCAGCAGGGGGCCCCAACACCAACAUACCCAAGAAUGGUGGUCAGUCCUGGGGAGAGGAGAAGUCAGCUGGGUGGGAAGAUUCUCACAUCAAGUCAACAUCCCAGAGCUGGGGAGAGCAACCCAAAGCAUCCCACAACUGGGGCAACAGUGGCGGGAGCAAUAAUGCCGGGGACUGGGGAGAACCAGAGGACAGCAAAAAGAGUCCCUCUAAUCCUGGCUGGGAGGGAGAAGCAGGAGGCUGGAAGGAAAACCCACGAGGCUGGGGCAUGUCUUCUUCAGGACCUGGGAUAUCUGGAGCUGGAGGAAAUGGGGGCUGGGGGGAGUCGGUUCCCCAGCGGCCCAGUGGCCCUCCUCAGGGCUGGGGGGGCAAGCCUCAGGAUGGCCCCAGUGGUAAUAGUGGAGGAGGAGGAGGAGGAGGCAUGGGCUCCUGGGGGGGCUCAGGCUCAGUCAAGCAGGGUGCAGGCUGGAGUGGCAGCAAGCAGGACUCCUCUGCUGAGCCCACAGGCUGGGAGGAGCCCUCCCCUCCUUCAAUCCGCCGCAAGAUGGAGAUAGAUGACGGGACCUCGGCUUGGGGCGAUCCCGGCACCUACAACAAGUCAGUCAAUCUGUGGGACAGGAACAAUCCAGGAAUGUCCCAGACUAAAGGCACCGCUGGAGGCAACAAUCCCCCAGGUUCCAACAACAACCACGCCCACUCUCACAAUCACCCUUAUCAUGGGCCGCCUGCACCUCUACAGAACCAUAGCCAAAACAGCCAAAACCCAGGUCCCACCAGCGGGCCUAUGGAUCCUCCUGUGCAACAUCAGUCUGCACCAUCUCACAGCAGGGGUCCCCUGAUAGCUCAAGGUUGGGGAGAGCUUCCCAGCUCCCACACCAAAUCAGAGAGUUCCUGGGGGGAACCUGCACCGUCUCCGGUCAGUGUGGAUAAUGGCACGUCUGCCUGGGGCAAACCUACCGGGAGCUGUGGGGGAUGGGGAGAAGGCAACCCAGACAACUAUGGCAGGGGCAACCCAGCAAUGACAGCUGCACCUUGCAAACCUGCGCCCAAACCUAUGCAAGAUGGAUGGGGAGGCGGCGGUGAAGAGCUCAGCCUGUCUGGGGGUCAGUGGGACGCCGAGGAGGGAGACAUGUGGAACAGCACUGCCUCUCAGGAGAGCAACUCUUCCUGCAACUCUUGGGGCAAUGCAUCCAAGAAGGGCCCGCAAAAGGGGAAGGUCCCAGGGAAGCAGGAGGACACCUGGAUCAUGAACCGUCUUGUCAAACAGCUGACUGACAUGGGCUUCCCUAGGGAUCCAGCAGAGGAGGCAUUAAAGAGCAACAACAUGAACCUGGAUCAGGCCAUGAGUGCCCUGCUGGAGAAGAAGACGGAGCUGGACAAGCGUGGGAUGGGGAUGUCCGGCCACGACUACAACAACGGGCUCAUCAACAAGCCCAUGAGCUGCCCUCGGCCUCCACUUCUUUCCAAAGACCCUUCGGCAGAUCCUCGCUUGCCCUUCAUGGAUAAGAUGCAGAGUGGAAUGUUUGGCGGUGGUGGAGCAGCACAAGCCCGGGCCAUGCAGCAGCCGCAGCCGCCUCCUCAGCCGCCAGUGCCGCCUCUCAGCUCCUCUCAGCCUAGUCUACGUGCUCAAGUGCCUCAGUUUCUCUCCCCUCAGGUUCAAGCACAGCUCUUACAGUUUGCAGCAAAAAACAUUGGUCUGAAUCCUGCACUUUUAACCUCACCAAUAAACCCUCAACAUAUGACCCUUCUGAACCAACUGUACCAGCUGCAACUGGCGUACCAGCGUUUACAAAUUCAGCAGCAGAUGUUGCAGGCGCAGCGCAAUGUUUCUGGCCCCAUUCGACAACAAGAGCAGCAAGUCGCACGUACAAUCAAUAACAUGCAGCAGCAGAUCCAACAGCACCAGCGUCAGCUGGCCCAGGCCCUGCUGAUGAAGCAGCAGCAGCAGCAGCCUCCCCCUUCCCACUCAGGCCUGCAUCCUGGAGGGGCCAAAUCCAGCCUGGAUUCAUUUCCAGGCCACCCCCAGGCUCCAGGCCUCCCUGACCUGCAGACCAAAGAGCCGCAGUCAUCUCCCAACACGUACAGCCCCUACGCUCUCUCUGGACUCAAUCCAAACAUGAAUGUAAACUGCAUGGAGGUGGGAAGUCUGUCUAUGAAGGAACCCCCUCAACCCCAGUCACGCCUGUCACAGUGGACACACCCCAACUCCAUGGAAAGCCUCUCUGGAAACUCGUCUCCUCUGGAGCCCAACCUGGGCAAGCAUGGAGCCACCCUGGGCCCUCCUGGUAAACCCCCUCAGCUGGACGACUCGUACAGCCCCUACAACCUGAUGUCCAGCUCAGAGUCUCCUACCAGCCCCCUGGUGCCCCCGGACAGCUGGGGUCAGGGCAAGAGCAGCAGUGACAAGAUGGCCAAUGGGACCAAUAUCAACUGGCCACCAGAGUUUUGCCCCGGUGUCCCCUGGAAGGGCCUCCAGAACAUCGACCCUGAGACAGACCCCAACGUGACCCCCGGCAGCGUCCCCAGUGGACCCACCAUCAACACCAACAUCCAAGAUGUCAACCGCUACCUGCUGCGGGACAGAAGUGGAGGCUCCUCUCCCACUUCAUCUCAGAACGAGGCUCUGCCUCCCUCCACUGAUUGGCCAGUCAGUGCCUACACUAGCUCGUUCAGUCUUUCGUCCUCGGAGAUGGACAAUGCAGGUAAACUGUCAGAGAUGAAGUCUACGUGGUCUCCGGGCCCCAUUUCUCACAGCCAGGCCUCUCUGUCCCACGAGCUGUGGAAGGUCCCUCAGGGCCCCCGGAGCAGCACCACGGCUCCAUCCCGCCCCCCACCAGGCCUCACCAACACCAAGCCUUCCUCCACCUGGGGGGGCAACUCUCUGGGCCUGGCCCAAGGCUGGAGCAGCUCGUACACCACAGCAGGAACCACGUGGAGUACAGACAGCUCCACCAGGACCAGCAGCUGGCUGGUUCUGAGGAACCUCACUCCACAGAUCGACGGUUCGACCCUGCGUACGCUGUGCAUGCAGCACGGCCCUCUCAUCACAUUCCACCUCAACCUGACGCAGGGCAACGCUGUGGUGCGCUACAGCUCCAAGGACGAAGCUGCCAAGGCUCAGAAGUCCCUGCACAUGUGUGUGCUCGGGAACACCACCAUCCUGGCCGAGUUCGCCGGGGAAGAGGAAGUGAACCGCUUCUUUGCACAGGGCCAGUCGCUGGGCGGAACCACCAGCUGGCAGGCCAGCCCAGGCACCAAUCAGACCAGGAUGGGGGGGGCUGGGUCCGGAGCCUCGCAUCCCAUCGGCCACUCGCCCCACUGGAACAACAACAACGGCGCCAGCAGCAGCAGUAGCAGCGGCCUGGGAGCAGGCGGGACGAAAACAGGCGGAGAGUUGCUGUGGGGAGGCGUCCAGCAGUAUUCGAGCCUGUGGGGACCCCCGAGCGGAGAGGAGGGACGGGUGAUGGGGAGCCCCACCCCAAUCAAUACACUGCUGCCUGGGGACCUGCUGAGCGGAGAGUCCAUGUAGGAGAGAGGAGCCCCGGCUAAACGUACACCAACAGGAGCAAGAACCUUGCAAAUCAAUGUGGAGAUAAUCAGCAUGGGCGUGACGGCGAGAGGAGGGACGGAGGAGGACGGCGACGUCUCCACCUCCUCCACUCCUUCGGUUUAACCACAUUUCAGUUGCAGUUCCUUUGAGAAUCUCAGUGAGAGAUUUCGGUCACAGUGUUCAGUUUUUACUUGUGGAGACACAGGAGGAAGUCUUUCACUCAGCAGAGAAACAGGACUUUGUACAGCGAUGAACUUUGGAGAACUGGCCGUGUGAAACGUACUUUAGUCAAACUGACAGUGACGAGCUGCCAUCUUUAACUUGCAUAAUCCCUCACUGCCUUUGGAGGCAAUCAUACUGCACCUCAGAGAUCCAUGUAAAAGGCAUCAUUCCCAAAGUAAACCCUUCAAUCAGAGUGGUUGUCGAACAUUCAGCUGGUCCAGACUCCACAUUUGUUUCUCUCAGCACUAAUAUUAGCCUUAAACUAUUUCCUGCCCUGCUAUCCUCACUCACUCUGUACUUGGUGAAGAAGCAUACGGACACUUGCACACCCUUAUUUCUGAGCCAGUGAAACCUGAGUGGAGAGUACAUGCUGCUGCGGCUUGACACAAGCAACCACAGCUCACAACUUCAGUGCAUUUUUUGCAGGCAGAUUGAGUUCCCCACAACGCUCAAAGGGAAUGAUGCAACUCUGUUCGCCUUGUUCAAGCCAUUUAUUUUUGUAGUGUUUUUUUUUUUUUAUUUUAUUUUUCUUGAACCAUUGCAAACAAAGCUAAGAGAUGAUAUUAUUCAGAUGUGUCUGUCGGUCUGUGUGGCGGGGGGUCGGGGGUGCACCGUGAACCAACCACUGCUUCUGCUACCGACCGCAGCCACAAACACUCAACGCACCUCAACCCGCCUGCGGGGCGACUCGCAGUCCGGUCUCAGUCUCAGACCCUCUCACUGAUGUUGUGGAAAACCUCAAGUCGUGCCCCCCACCUCCCCUCCUGUCGCCUCCCUCCCUCCCCCGCGGUGCCCGCUCCACCUGCAAACACCAUUAAAGUGACGUGCAAUAUAAGCCACAGACUCUACCGUCCAUCGCCCACCGCGGCUCUCGCACAGAGACGAGACUCUGAGGAAUGAGUGAACUGCAGAAGCUCUAUCUCCCCCCCACCACCACCACCACCACCACAAGAAACUGCCACUACUUUCUACCCUUCAUCUCCUCCUCAGAGAGUGUGUGAGCUCAGGAGCGUAGCGGAGCUGGUCCUCAACCAUCUUCUGUCCGAGACCCAAGGACACAAAGCACUUGUUCAGCCAGCCGACUGUCCGCAUCACGCCAGCGACUGGUUCUGGUUCUGGGGAGGGCAGGUGUGUGUGUGUGUGUGUGUGUGUGUCCACAGAGUGUAUGUGUUUAUGUGUGACUGGGGAGAAGCCAUCAAACCAAAACGAGAGGAGCCCAUUUUCGUUUUUUUUUUACCCGAAGACCCGAUGACUUUUUUCUCCCUCCUCCUGCCCACGUGUGCAUCGGUAGUAAAGUCUGAUCGAAGGCUUGUGAACUCGUGGUCUCUCAUAGCACUUAGCCAGAGCCUCGCUGCUCUUUACCCUCAAUGCCAACAAAUAGAAGAAAGGAGAAGCAACACUGGCAAAUAAAAACUGAAAAAGCAAAGACAAAAAAGCAAUCUGCUCAGUGGCUUCUCUGCAUACUUAUUUUUUAACUUAACAUGGAUGUGAACUUUUUUUUGUUUGUUUUUCUUUUUUUUUUUUUUUUGGAAUCCUUCUUCCCUCGAGUCAGUGGGACCAGAAAGGAUGUCAAACACGGUAGCAAAGUGAAGGGAAAAUACAAAGAAGACCUGAGUGAUGGUGGGUGUGGCUCAUCCUCACCCUCCUAUAUCAAAGUAAAUAUCACUGUUACAUUGCAGCGUUGAGUCUUUAGCCUUGGUGUCUGGAAGUGCUCGACGUGUUCGUGCUCUACUGGGUCCGGCAGGGAGGACCGCCGUCUCUUCUGUCCCGUCUGUGCUUGUUUUCUACCGGAGGCCCUGCCAACCUGUGUGAUAGUGUGGCCACUGAGUGCCUGCCUGCUGCAGAGCGGUGCUGCAGCAGCCUCGUCCCUCCCUUCCCUCCCCAUCGCUCGCUGCCUCCCUGCAGAUCCCCACAGACCGGCUUCCCUCUCGUUCCUCCCUUCGGGCCUCCAGGCCAAGAGCAGCUCUUUCAGAACCUGUAUUAAGUCUACUACUACUGCUAGCCAGAGUCUGUCCUCAGCAGCCUCCACUUCCACUCUCUCUGUCUCUCCUGCAAGGAUCACUUUAGCCAGAGAUGGAGUCGUUUGAUGUGUUUUGUUUUCUCCUGGAUUUUACUGAUGGAAUUGCCAGUGUGCAUUUUUUAUUUUGUUGUUGUAAGAAGUUUGCUGAUGUUGUUGCUGUUAUCAUUGAUGAUAUAGUUAAUGAUUGUCUCCGAUGAUGAUGAUGAUUUCAUGGCUUUUUAAAUACUGGUCUUUAUGCAGUGUUCAGCUCCUCUCCUGCCCCCUCCCCCUCCCCCCCACCGCCUCUGAGGCAAAGCCAGUGUGUAGUUAGGAGGUACGCCUCAGCUGUGCAGCAAAGCCCUGCUGCCAUGUUGGAGCAGGUGUGGUCCAGGUGUGGUCCAGGUGUGGUCCAAGUGUGGUCCAGGUGUGGUCCAGGGUAGUGAGCCAGUGCCCCGGCCUUCCUGGGGUUACUCUGUGUCACAACGCCUGGCGGUGUCGACGGCCUCGCUCACACUGGUGCUUUACGUUUAACUCUGGGAGCACUCGGUUAAACUUAGAACCACCUCAACUGACAACAGCCUUCCAUUUCUAUGCAAAGACAGGAGGUGUUCGUUCACAGCCAUCCCCUACAUCUGCCAACCUUCACUUCUCUCUCAACCUUUACUACCAGGCAGCUUCUCUCAAAACCUCACCUGGAUACCAUGUAGGGGACCUGAAGGAGCCUCUCCUUUAGCGGUUGGACGGAGCUGUUGGACGACACUAUCUGUUGGCAAACACAGUCACUUCUUCAGUCUUGUGCCAACUGAUUUACAAAUCUCUACUUCCACCUCGCCACACCCUACUUUAUCUUUAGCAUGAUGAGUUUGUUUCCUGCUGCCGGGGCAUACCACGAGCUCCGGCUGCCGGAGGCUGUAGGAGCAGAAGGGAGGACGGAUGAACGGUGCUGGUGUUCACCGACAGAGGACUGGAGGUCCAGAGGAGGUCCAGGCUGCAGUGGGGGUCCCUGUGUGUGUUUGUGCACUGUUUAUGGCUCACAUCGGGUACAUCUCUUUAAAAACCAAAAACAUUAUCUUUUUCUUUAUCAUCAAGGUUUUCGCAAAAACUAGAAACUACGAAAACCCGUCUGUUUCCGCUGUGCACUCUGUGUUGUGUCUCUGCAAGCUGCCGCCUUCUCCCCUCCAGGCUCGCUGUCUGGGCCUCGUGUGGGGAAGCUGUAUCCUGGAGGUUCUUUGGGACCGCCAACCUGAAGGUCGUGCCAGCCACUAUAUAUAUAACUAACAGGUCCGGCUCUGGGUCCCAGCAGCGACCCAACGUAUCGGCAGAAACGGGGACACGCCUCAAGUUCGGUACCAAGUCUUAAAGUGUAGGGGAUUGGCCCUCUUCCAGAGUCGCUCCAGACUCGUUCAACACAACAAUCACUAUUGCCUGUGCUGUCUGUCUGAUUGUUCCUGAACCUGCGUUCACUCCACACUGGACUUGAAUCAAGGAGCUGGUGGGGAAGUGGGGAGUUGACCCGAGUGGGAGGACGGGUGACCGGGACAGCGGUCGAGUCUCAGACGUGUCCUAGCACCAGCACUGAGAGCCCCGCCUGCACUCUUAUCUACCUGUCUGGUGUUGGAAAUCAGAUGCUCUCCCUUUUAUUUUUCCUUUUUGUUGACGUCACGUGGACUCAAAGCAACUGGAGCUGAAUUAAAAUAUGCUUCUCAAUCAUGGAUCAGACAAGGGUCUGAGGCAGGGACCCCAAAAGAGUUGAAUUAGCAAAUCUCUCUUUGAAAACAAAGGCCUGGGUUGAAUAUGCACAUGCUAGGUCCUAUACACUGUGCAGCCAGCGUACGCAGCGGCUGUAUGUGUGUGUACGUCUAGAUUUCUCUGUUUUCCACUUAGCCUAGCCCUGCCCUGCCCUGGCUCAGCCCUCCCUGUGGAUCCAACAUUAUAUUUCCCAGAAGACAAGAUCAUAAACAUAUCAGAGUAAUACAAAAUAAUGAAAACAAAUACUUGAAUCAAAAGAAGCGCCAAUAAUGUAAUGUGAACACUUUUUGUAGUGGUUUUUUGUCUCAUUCAUACACUUCAGAGAUUUUUGAUAGCAUCGGUUCAGAGUGAAUAAAAUUUGACAUACGAGUGUUGUUGAAAACAAAGAUCGAUAUAAAGGCUAAUUUUACAUCUGUUGUAUUGAGUGUUUGCACAAGGCUGCUUGUACUGUAUGAAUGAAUGUGAGCUGAGACGUGUGAGAGCUCGUGAUUACAGCGGACGAGUCAUCCGCCUCGUGUUUUCUUUUCAAUUCAGUAUACUUUUGUUGUUGAUUUUUUUUCUUUUUUUUUUUUGCUUGUCAAAACUAUAUUCUGAUGUUAAUUGUUACUAGCCUCUAGCGUUGCACUGAGUGUCGGCCUCCCCCUCAUCCAGCUAUAUGAACAACCUGAUACAAGUACUGAGGGGAGACGGGGACAGUUCACGUGUAAAUGUUUACUCAAGGACUAAAUACGUGUGUUUUUAAAAUGUAAUGUUUAUCUACCUUAGUGGCUUUCAUUGUGGAAUAAUCCAAGAAAGUAUGGAUCAUAAUUGAGUAUUGCACCAUUUUUCAGACUAUAAACCUAAAAAAAAGAAGAAAAAAAUGGAAAAAAAAAAAUCACAUAUGUAUAAAAAAUGCAGCGCAAAAAAAAAAAAAAAAAAAAGUAUUUUGCAGACCUGUGGCCAUAGAUUGGAGUAGAAGGACUUCAGCUCUCCCAAAUCUGAGCAACGGAGAGUGAAGGACAGACAUCAGACCGAGCCUUGGCUUCUAGGGCUCACUUCAGAGGUGCCUACCUUUUCUUUUCUUGGUUUGUUAGCUUUCGUUCUGUUUUCAUGUAUGUUCAGUUCACUCAUCUGUCUCAAUGCAAGGCCACUGACGGUUUACAAACACGUAGGGUUUUUUUCUAGAGUUCAACAAAUUUCAGCAAAACAAAGGAAUUAAACCAUGGGAAUGUUGGGAAAAGAAAAAGAAAAAAAAAAAAAGGACAAAUGCUUCCAUUUUUGAAAAAACAACAAAGUGCAACACAACACUUGACAGAAUGAAGAUUCUUGUGCUACUUUCAGAACUCUGGGAUUGAACAGUGUUGUCUUGUUCUGUUUAACCUUCUUUGUUAAUGUUGAUUUCAUGGACUAUCUGAAGCCUGUAUGUUUUAUGUUGAUUAUAUAUAUUUUUCCUUUAUAUAAAAUCAAAAAAACAAAAAAGAAAAAGAAAAAAAAAAGACAUAAUUGCUCACUAUCUUGCACACACACGAAAAAGUGGAUCUAGUCUCAGGAAGGCCAGGGUUCCAGAGUACCAACUCCACGCCAUUUUAAUGUACAUUUUUAUGAUGAGUUUAAAAAAGACAAAAAAAAACCAACAAAAAAAAAAAAA